AUGUCGUCGGGAGUGGUGCGCUCGACCGCCCUGAGGGCCGGCGGCGCCUGUGUGCGCUGUCGCAAGGGCAAGACCAAGUGCGUCUACGAGAACGGGCGCGCGCCGUGCAAAAACUGCGCAAAGGGCAUGCACGAGUGCUAUCUGCCCUCGGAGAGCAUGGCCCAUCACCACGGCCAGAGCCCUGCACGCCACUCGAGCAGCGCCCACCGCCCAGCUCGCGACAGCCUCCCGGCUUCCGGCGCCGGUGUCUCUGACGCCAGACAGGCCGUGGUGGGCUCAGGCUCCGCCAGGCAUGUCCAGGCCGCCUCGGAGAAGCUCACACCAGAGCUUAUCGCCGAGUGCGAGCGUGUCGUCUCCAAGACGUUUCCAGCCUGCGUCGCGUUCCACAAGCCGUCAUUCGUGCAACAGCUCAAGAAUGCAUCGUUGGAAUCGACCUUGGUCUAUGGUCUCUUGACCUGUGCCGCCCGGAGCUCUCCUAGCCUCAUCCGCCGCUACGGCAGUCCCACCCAGGCUGCCGAAACCUUUGCCGCCAAGGCAGUUGGCCUCAUCAACCAGAACUUGGACCAUCCGAACCUGGCCGAUAUCCAGGCGCUCUGUCUUCUCAUCAUCCACGAAUGGGGGACCCGCAAUGCCGUUCGCGCCUACAUCUACCUCGGCCAGGCUGCCCGCAUGCUGCAGAUGUACAGGAUCCUCAACGGCCACCAUGCAUCCGACAAUGCCGACCAGUUCCUGCGCGAUGAGUCGUUCCGGCGCACCCUCUGGCUCGUCUACAUCCUCGACUGUCUCCUCACCAGCACGCCAGGCCGGUUCUCGGCCCUCUCCGUCCAGGACACAUCCGAUGUGCCUCUUCCCUGCUCGGACAUCAACUUCGCCUUUGGCAAUGCCGUCUACGUCAAGACGCUCAUCCAGCAGCUCAACCACACCGCCAUGUCCCCGACCCUGGCCCCGGCCGGCGAUAUUGGUGAGUUUGGCUACAUCGUCCUCGCCGCCACCAUCUGGCGCGACGUCGUGGCCAUGCUCACCGUCACGUCGUUGCCCAACUUCCGCGAGGAUGACUGCAGCAACUUGAUUGCCAAGAUCGAGGGCCUUCGCGCCUCCCUGCCCAUGCAAUUUGUCGAUAAGCCCGGCCAGAUCAACCUCCACAUGACCAUGGGAUCGGGCUACACCUUUGCCAUGCUCCACUGCCUGCUCCACUGCGCCACCGUCUUUGUCCAUCGCCGCCGACUCCUGCAGGAGGUGACGUCGCCCAACUUUGCCGUCGAGUCGUUCCGAAUGAGCCCCAGGUGCCACGACAUUGUUGAUCGCCUGUUCACUUCCUGCCAUGGCACCAUUUCCCUGCUUACUGCCGUCGAGGCGGGUGCGGAAAAGGACCACGCCACCUGCUUCCCCAUCUUCAUGCUCUUCUCCUCCUUCACCGCCAGCGCCACUGUCGCAUACCUGUCUCUCAAGGGGCUGACGCCGCCCAACGCCGUCGAGACUGCGGCCCACAUCGUCAAGGACGGUCUUCGCUUCAUGCACGACGGCACUGAGAAUUGGCCCCUGAUGACCAGCUGGCUUAGGCACUUGACGGUGAUGCAGCGGGUCCUCAACAACGACGCCGCCGCAUCGUCGGGAGCCUCGGGGUCAUCCAGGCACGGCUCCAACUCGCACGGUGCCGGCAUAAAGGACGAGAUCUCGUCCAAUGCCGACACCAACCCCGACGCCAUGGAUUACGACCAGCAGCAAGUCUCUGGCGGAAACGCGUCGGGCCAAAACGCCACGGCGGCCCGCUCCGCCUCCGAGUCGGUCCGGGAGGACAGCGAGCCCCCCGUGGCCAUGCCACGCCGCCCGGGCGUCACCACUAUCAACGGCGGCUCCGGGGGCGUUUCCACGCCGGCGACGGCCAAUUCACCUCCCUCGGGUAGCGCCCCGACGGCGCCCAUGCAGGCGCAGGAGGCGAAGCAGCCGAGUCCCGACAUGACGCCCAACGGCAUGGCGCCAAACCAAGAGGGCCAGACGACAAGCCAAGACAUGACGGCGCCGGAACUGUGCCAGGCCUUUGAGCGGCAGCUACUGGACCUGGAUGAUCUGGCCGCCUUUAUGGGCGGUGGGGUUUGA